CACCAACACCUCCAAACCCUCCAAACCCAAUCACAAGGACAUGCUACCCACCGCCACCACACCAGAUAGCCACCCAUACACAUAAAGCCAGAAGAGCUUGUCUUGACAUAGACGCAUCUCUAACCAUGAACGUACCGAAAUGUAUCCGUCGACCAUCGAGCCGAGGCUGAUAGCUCUGCUCAAUAACGACGCCCCCGCCGAGUCAUACACUACAUCUCCUUCCUUAGAGCUGCCGCCUCUACACAAUCCGAAUAUUCUGAAGCCCUCUGGACGUCCUUUGUUGUUGGAGCCAGACGCCAGCAAACGCAAUGGCAAGCCGACACCAAAUACCCCGCUGACGCCGAAACACUCGGGGCUGAUGUCAUCCAUCGACGGCGACGAUAAUCUUCACAGAGGCACGGAAGCGAAGAAGAAAGCCCCUGGUAUUACAGAUCGGGCCCUUGGCAGCUCUUCGCCUCAGUCAUUGAGAAAGAUACUGGACGAUGACACUAGGACUGAAUCGACGCCAUGUGCGAAGAAGCGGAACCUUGUUGAGAGCAGUAAGGACGAUUUUGUCCAGCUACCGCAACCUCCCAAGAAGCAGAAGGCUACCAAACAAGUUGUCCCUCCAAUAAUUAUUGGUCUCUUUGAACCGCCACCGCAAGCCGCCCUGUUUCCUCCGAUAGCCUCCAGCUCCUUUCACGAUCGUCAUGGUCGAAACAGUCUCAAUGCAACGCCUGCGAUGGCCAAAGAGCUGGAUGAUAAUACGAAGUCAGAGGACUCUCCAAACACUGUGGACGGCAGGAAAUCAACAGAGGGGCAGAAUCACAAGAAGGCUGGCAAGACAAGGAAGAAGUGGACGGAGGAGGAGACGAAUAACCUAUUAUUAGGUGUGUAUAAGCACGGCGUUGGGAGGUGGACGGAUAUACUAGAAGACCCGAGCUUCUGGUUCAAUAACAGAUCUGGAGUUGAUCUCAAAGAUCGUUUCCGGACUUGCUGUCCUAACGAAUUGCGGGAAAAGAUACCGAAACCGAGGAAGUCAACGAAGGCCCAGGAAAACGCGAAUAAGGGUGCAAAUCAAAGGAAUUAUAAGUCUAGUCUUAUGUCUGAGAACAUUCUGAUCGAAGAAAAUGAAAUUGGGGGAAAUGAUAACGAUGCUGACAUGCCGGGGACAAAUAAAUCUCGCAAAAGCCGUACUCACCGGAAAAGGUUGGAGGAUCUUGCUCAGCUGGGGAUUGAAGGACCAUUCCGAAAAUCCCAACGUCGGGAAAGGCGGCCGUUUUCUGACGAAGACGAUCGCGAGAUCCUGCUGGGCUACCAAAUAUAUGGACCUGCCUGGACUCGAAUACAGAGAGAUCCAAGGUUCCAUCUGCAGAGCAGACAACCCACGGAUCUCAGAGACAGAUUCCGAAACAAAUAUCCCGAGAAGUUCCGCUCUGACGAUGCUACGUCCAAAGGUGCUAGUAAUGCUGAUGCGCGGGAAUUGGAGAAUACAAUCGCAACGCAACCUCCUUCCACACUCCAGCAAUCCUCAAGUCGAGAAGGCCUCAGAAUUCAUGAGAUUAUUUCAGAUAACGAAGGGACUAUCUCUAAAACACUACCGCUAUCGUCUCAAACUUCAAAUUUCGGGUUUAAAGAUAAUGAUUCCUUCUCGGAGCAGCCAUCAGAAUCCGCCGAUGGCCUCCCUCCGUUCGAUUGGAACGGAAAUACGUCGUUCACAGGAAGUAUGGGCGAGAUGGAUAUUUCCCGAUUGCUGCUUGACGAGUCGUGGAUCGAUCCCCCUAGUGGUAAGGAAAAGCAGAGCUUCACGGACAUUAAUAGUAUCAUCACUUCAGGCACGGACGGCCUCACCCCGGUUCCCUCCUUUUAUAAUAUGCUCGUCGGCGAUGAGCAAAUCAACAUGUCUUCUUCUGUAACAUUAGACCAUGAGUCAUCUUUCGGAUGAGUGUUCGAGUAUCGGGCAUACUCAGGCGUGGGAAAAGCCCUUCAGUGCUUAAGUAGUUGGAUGUAAUUGGGUUCAUAAGAAAUGCGGAUAGGGUGGAAAUAGGCUACAGGAGUCAAGGUAUCAUGUGGGGAUAUCCAGAGAGAAAAGUUCUAAAUGCUAAGCAAAUCCGAAGAAUUGGGGGGAUUUUGGGGGGGGGGUUAAUAUAA